AUGUCUUACAAUGGUGACCUGUCUGUAACCCCCUCAGAAGUUCCGGAGUCCGACAAUGGCAUACCAAUACCAUCUAUAUCAAUCACACCGGCCAAUGAAGCAGGCGCCAUUCAAGAUGAGGUGGCUAUGGCCAAACCCGCCAGUAAUGCUCAGGUUCCGUUACAAUCCUUGAAGAUUUGGAUUCAACGUCCAGCAAAUAUGGCGACUGAAGUAGCCUGCACUCCCUCCCCGAAUCCGGAGGUUGAGAUUUCCCCAUCGGCAAAGGUAAAGCAUAGCCGUCCCAGUCAGACAAAAACAGAAUUGGCGCCCGCCCCAGCUUCAACGCUAGAUAUUGCGCCAGCAAAGCGUUUCCGCCCAAACAAAGUUGUGCUAGUAUCUGAUCAUUCCCAGUCUCCAUUGGAUAGUCGUUCUCUACCAAAGAGUGGCUGCUCCGGAGGCUCCAAAGAAUCUGAGCUCUCAUCUUCUCAUUCCCAAUCUCCAGCGGUUCCGGCAACUCGUGGCCGUCCCAAGAAGGUCCCAGAGCCCGAUACCUCACUCAAUUUCAAGAAAAAACCCCUGGCUGAUGGCAAUGGGGAGCGCCAUGCUGAGCCGGCCACUUUCUUGGCAGUUCCUCUCCCCGCAGUGACUACUGCCACCGCAAGCAAGCGAGCGCGAGCGGCUAAGAAGGCGACUUCAAACCGGGCCCGGCAAAAGAAACCACCCGCAACCGCCGACAUGGGGCGUCCUUCAUCAUCAGCAAGUAAGAUUGUGGCGUUUUGGAAUGAGAAUGAGUCAAGAGGUGUUAUUUCCGCGUCAGAGGUGAUCAAACCAUCGACAGGGAGCAGGAGAGACCGGAAGGCCCGGGGUGCUUCAGGGGUUUAG